UUUACCCCGCCGCCCGCCAUGUCUUUCUUCAUCGACAACCCUAACGUAGGGAACAAUGACCACCUCGAAGAUUCGCGGAUUCGAGGAUACAACCCCCUCACACCUCCUAACCUCCUGCAACAUGAAAUCGCCAUGACAGAUAAGUCCAGGCAAACAGUACUGCAAGCUCGCCGAGAGGCUGCUUCGAUUGUCCAUGGCACAGAUACCGACAAGCAGCGUUUGCUGGUCGUUAUCGGGCCAUGCUCGAUUCACGACCCCGACAUGGCGCUCGAGUACUGCGAUCGACUUCUGAAAAUGAAGGAGAAAUACAAUGACGAAUUGCUGAUUGUGAUGCGCGCCUACCUCGAGAAGCCCCGCACAACAGUGGGAUGGAAGGGUCUCAUCAACGAUCCCGAUAUCGACAACAGCUUCAAGAUCAACAAGGGUCUGCGCACCUCGCGCCAGCUCUUUGUCGAUUUGACCAACAAGGGCAUGCCCAUCGCCAGUGAGAUGCUGGAUACCAUUUCUCCUCAGUUCCUUGCCGAUUGUCUCUCCGUCGGUGCGGUUGGCGCGCGGACAACCGAGUCGCAGGUCCACCGUGAAUUGGCCUCCGGUCUUUCUUUCCCCGUCGGUUUCAAGAACGGUACCGAUGGCUCGUUAGAUGUUGCCGUGGACGCCAUUGGCUCUGUCAAGCACCCUCACCACUUCCUUUCUGUCACAAAGCCUGGUGUUGCCGCCAUUGUUGGCACCGUGGGCAAUCCCGACUGCUUCGUCAUCCUCCGUGGUGGAAAGAAGGGCCCCAACUACGACGCUCAGAGCAUCGCCGAAGCCAAGGCUAAGUUGUCCUCUCAAGGUCUGCCUCCCCGUCUCAUGGUCGACUGCAGCCAUGGCAACUCGCAGAAGAACCACAAGAAUCAGCCCAAGGUGGCUGCCGUUUUGGCCGAGCAGAUUGCCGCGGGUGAGACCGCCAUUAUGGGUGUCAUGAUCGAAAGCAAUAUCAAUGAGGGUAACCAAAAGGUUCCUCCCGAGGGAAAGGCUGGUCUCAAGUACGGCGUCAGUAUCACAGAUGCUUGCAUCAAUUGGGAGGAUUCGGAAGCUGUCCUCGAAACUCUCGCACAAGCCGUGCGUACCCGGAGAGAAAAGCUCGCUGUCAAUGGCGCUUCUCACUAAAUUUUAUGACCUUCUGCCUAAUUUUCUUUUCUCGUCGGCCCUCAUUGGCCCUUUCAACAAAAGCAUUUGAUAUGUCGAUGCGGGCGAUGCUCGAUGAAAAUAGCGUUGUCCACAAAGUCUGUUUCGGGUUUACAUACUUGAGAUAUUUUAAUUCAAUUGGCGCUAUAUGGCCUUUUUCGUUGUCCCUUCUGAAACACGAUGAACGCUAGCUACCUCAAGAGAGCUUCUGCUUCCGGUCUCGGCUACCUGCCAUUCAAAACUUGAUAGCGUGCAUUAGACCACAGAGGCUCCUGUGGUCAUUCACCUUCAAAUCCUCUACUGGUUAGAGUACAGGAAUGCCAUUGCUCUUGACUUUCUAUCCACUAUCACUGCUGUCACUUCACAGAGGUCAUCUGUACAAAAUG